UCUCUAUCUUCUUCUCUCUCUCUCUCUCUCUGCGGUUGUUCGAACUAGAUUUAAAGUCCGGAUGAGAGACCAUUUUCAAUUCUCUCUUUCUCCUUCCUGUGUGUGUGAGUGUGUGAGAGAGAAAGUGAUCUUCACUGUAUAAAUAUUAAUUGUCUCGAGUCAGCCCCCCACUUUAAUCUUUCCCCCCUUGAUCUGCUUCUCCUUUGUCGGAAAAGUUUAGUCUGAAUUUCUAGGGUUUGAAUUUAGUUUGCUCAUCAACUCGCCGCGGACUUUGGGGAAUUUUCUCUCUCUAAAGAUCUCCGAGGAAGAUUUCGAAGUUCUGUUCUUCGUUCCGGCCGUUUUAGCAGUUCAAUGUCGUUCCGAAGUAUAGCUCGAGAUAUAAGAGAUAGUUUCGGAAGUUUAUCAAGGAGGAGUUUUGACGCAAGAUUGACUAGUAAUCAUCAUAGGGGGAAAUCACACGGCUCGUUUCUUGAUUUAAAUGACGAGCCUUUAAUUAUUCAGAAUAGCCGAUGGGCAAAUCUUCCACCGGAGCUACUUUAUGAUGUAAUAAGAAGGCUCGAGGAGAGUGAGAACACGUGGCCCACGCGUAAGCACGUAGUUGCUUGUGCUGCAGUUUGCCGCUCUUGGAGGAGCAUGUGCAUGGAAAUCGUCAAAAAUCCGGAAUCCUCCGGAAAACUCACUUUUCCCGUUUCCUUAAAGCAGCCGGGGCAUCGUGACGGGACUAUACAAUGCUUCAUCAAGAGAGACAAAUCUAAUUUAACGUACCAUCUUUUUUUGUGUCUUAGUCCCGCUUUGCUAGUUGAAAACGGGAAGUUCCUUCUCUCUGCAAAAAGAACCCGAAGAACGACUUGUACGGAGUAUGUUAUCUCUAUGGAUGCAGACAACAUAUCUAGAUCGAGUAGCACUUACAUUGGAAAACUAAGAUCAAAUUUUCUUGGCACAAAGUUCAUAAUAUACGACACGCAGCCACCCCACACUUCCUGCUCCCACAACCCACCACAAGGGGGCCGCGGCCCCCCGAGCCGUAGGUUCUACUCCAAGAAAGUAUCCCCUAAAGUACCUUCGGGAAACUACAGCAUAGCCCACAUCUCCUACGAGCUCAACGUACUCGGCACGCGGGGUCCACGCAGGAUGCACUGCGCAAUGCACUCGAUCCCCGCCUCCUCCGUGGGCCCCGGCGGCACUGUCCCCGGCCAGCCGGAGCUCCUCCCUAAAUCCCUCGAGGACUCCUUCCGGAGUAUCGACCACUCCACCGAAUUCAACAGCUCCAGAUUUUCUACGGGCCCCAUCGUUAGUGCUGACGUGGACGACAAGGGGGGCCCACUUGUUCUAAAGAACAAGUCGCCUAGGUGGCACGAGCAGCUACAAUGCUGGUGCCUCAAUUUUAGGGGGCGGGUGACGGUUGCUUCGGUUAAGAAUUUUCAGCUGAUUGCUGCUUCUUCUUCGACGAGUAACGGUCCGGCCGCAGGGCCCGCCGCUGCUGCUGCUGGGCGGGCCCCGCAGCAGGCGCCUGCUGUCGGGCCCGCUGGUGCAGGUGGUGGGGCUGGGCGGGCCCCACAGCAGGGGGACCAGGACAAGAUUAUCCUGCAGUUUGGGAAGGUGGGGAAGGAUAUGUUCACGAUGGAUUAUCGGUACCCGCUCUCUGCUUUUCAGGCGUUUGCGAUUUGCUUGAGCAGCUUUGAUACGAAAUUGGCUUGCGAGUGAAAAGACGAGAUUGCCCUUUGGCAUGGUGGUUUGUAAGUUGUAACUUGUCAUAUGUAUAUUCUUUUUUUUUUUUUUUUUUUUUUUUUUUUUUUAAUUUAUCUAAUUGUUGUUUAGUUGAGGAUAAGGUUAUUGUUGUAAUUUUUUUUUAUUAUGUUAUUGGUGGUGUAAUAGAGAAUCUUACUGGUUAAGGAACACUUGGAAAUUGUCAUAUGGAGAUUGUGAUUGCUUGUUCUUAUUAUGUACAAAUGGAUAUGAUUGGC